UCGUCUUCAAAAAGAGGGCUUUUUUUUCUUGUACUUCUCUAUUUGUGCCGUAGGACGCACAAAUCCAAUUCGAAUCGGGACUGAUAGCAAUUGAUGGUCGGAAUCAACAUGCACAGUCAUCGUCGGUAGGUCGGAAUUCAAUUAUAUAUUGCCGGGACGUGAUUUGGUGGUCGCCGGAGAACAGAAAGAAGUGAGAUAAGCGGUGACGAUGAGGACGAAUAUAAAGCGGUAUCGUAAGUCCAAGAAACGCAACGUAGAUGAUGAGGAGCACGAAGUUAUUUUAUCAUCAGCCGAUUUAGCUUCUCACGACGAUGUCUUGACGGAAAUCUUGCUACGAUUACCUAUCCGAUCACUCCUGCGAUCAAAAUGCGUAUCUAAACAUUGGCGCUCUCUUAUUUCAAACCAGCGUUUCGCUCUCCUUCGAAACCCUAACCCUAAUCCCCCUCGCGGUUUGUUUCUUCGACGGAUUGCUGAUGUUACUCCUCCGAAGUAUGACUUCGUUCCGUUCGAUAGAGAAAAACAUGUUAAACCUCCGUUCAAAACCCUGAUUUUCCAUGGAAAUGUGACUAAUUCAGGUAUAGUAGUUCUGCAUUCUUCCAAUGGUUUAAUGCUCUGUCAUAGCCUGCAUGAAUAUUACCGCAAGGUGUCAAAAGAAAUUGUGUACAAUGCCAAGUAUUAUGUUUACAAUCCAACAAUCAAUCAAGUUGCCACCCUUCCGAAGCUUGAAGGUUGUGAUUGGUUUCAAAGGCGGCCUCGUGGUAUGACGUUGGCUUUUGAUCCUCUCAAAUCACCUCAUUAUAAAGUUAUAUGUGUUCGUGGAUAUUUGUGGAGUGAUCAUCUUUACAAUAUAGAGAUUUACUCAUCAGAAAAUGGUAGCUGGAAGAUGUCUGGAAAACCUUUUCCUAAUCAGAUUGACACAGAGUUCAUGGGUGGGGUUUAUUGGAACGAUGCAGUUCACUGGAUCAACAAGAAAGGGUAUAUUUUCUAUCUAAAGAUGGAGGAGGAUCGCCUUGAUCAAAUUCCUACACCUAUCGUGCGUGAAGGCUGGAAUGUCAAGAGGCAUUGUUAUCCUCUAGUUGAAUCUCGUGACUGCUUGCUGUUUAUUGACAUAUUUCCUCCAUUUAGUAUGAAAUUUGAUGUUCAUGAAAUGAAUAGGGACUAUUCGGGGUGGUCAGUGAAGUACCAUAUUGAUCUUAACGAGCCUAUUACCAGAUUCCCAGAGGCGACUGGAAUAGCACUGAGCCUCCUUGGUAUUUUCAGGCCCAUUCAAUCGUUUGUAAUCCACUGUCUUGUUUUGGGAGAAAGGGAAGAAGACUCAUUCCUAGUGUUGGAAUUCCCUGGGAAGGCUGUAAGAUACAAUAUAGUGUUGAAGAGUUUUCAGGAGCUUUAUGAUCUCGAGAUAUCUCUGCCCUCUAGGUUUUCUGUUGCAGAUGAUGGCUUGUCCAAAGUAGGCCGAUGGCCAGGUGCUUUUCAAUUUUUCGAGUCUCUUUGCCAUGUCUGAUGAAACAUGGUACCUGCCCUUUUUUGUGGGACAGUUGUUCGUUUUGUGCUUGUUAAACAUAUAGUCAUCGUUUUCGCCUUUCUUAGUACUUAGCUAGUCACUUUUGUGUUCACCCUUCUUUUGUCAUUUCGGUUUUGAGUUUCAAAACUUAGGUAUGUAUGUUUGAUAUGGAUAGUUAAUGAUGCACU